ACUACUCAUUCUCUCUCUUUCUUUCUCGUCAUUUUCUUUCCUUCGCUCACUUCUUUCUUUCACUCUCUCUCUCUCUCUCUUUUUUCCCCGCGUGCUCUUUACCUGUCUCAAAUAAUCCGGAGCAGCUCGAGUGACAAGAGACCGCCUCAACGAUCGCGAAUUUGUGAUUCAUGGUGCGCGAUUUCGCGAGGGAUCCGCGGCGAGUAACACGUCGCUCUCUCGUAUAUGAACGCUGUCGUUUAUGAAGACGGAAGUUUGCGCAAUCAAUUACCGCGGAGUGCGAAAACAAAUGUGUGAAGCUACAGUAUUCUACAGGCUCGCAAUAAAUUCAUCACCUAGAAUUUGAUCGCAAGAUGCCCAUCGAUCUUUACCACUUGCCCGGCAGUGCCCCGUGCCGUGCCGUGCGUCUGGCGGCGGCUGCCGUAGGAGUGGACUUGAACCUGAAGCUGACCGAUCUCAUGGCCGGCGACCAAAUGAAACCGGAAUUUCUCAAGAUGAACCCGCAACAUACGAUUCCUACGAUGGACGAUAAUGGCUUUUACUUGUGGGAGAGCCGAGCGAUCAUGACCUAUCUAGCCAAUAAAUACGGCAAGAACGAUUCACUCUACCCGAAGGAUCCUCAAAAGCGAGCCGUGGUCGAUCAAAGGCUAUACUUUGACAUGUCAACUCUGUACCAGUCAUUUUCCGAUUACUACUAUCCGUAUAUCUUCGCCGGCGUCAAGCAGGAUCAGGCAAAAUACGACAAGAUCGAAAAGGCGCUGUCUCUCUUGGAUAAAAUAUUGGAAAACGAAAACUACGUGGCCGGGAAAACUCUCACCCUCGCCGACCUCACCUUGGCCGUUACCGUUUCUACCAUGAAGGUCGUGGAUCAUGAUAUAAGCAAAUAUGGCAAUAUUCUGAAGUGGUACGCUAGAAUCGAGGCUGAAGCUCCUAAAUACAAAGAGAUUCAAGAGGAAGGCUUAAAGAGUUUCAAAGAUUUGGUCGACAGCUUGAAGAAGCAGUGAUUUACAGACACGAAUUUUGCGCUCGAGAAUAACGCAUGAUUUUUAUAUUGAUCUAUCGUAUCGGUAUUUUUAUACGUUACACAGAUCGUGUCGUAAUUUUGCACAAAAUAAAUUAUAAUUGUUAAAUAAGAU